AUGAGGCGUCCAAGAAAUGUCAGUGGCCAUAACAGACGCGUUGUCCUUUCAGAGUCGGAGUCUGAGUCUCAUCUCGAUAAUGACUCCGAUAAGUCCAUUGAUAACGCCAAUGCCACUAAGCGAAGCUCAAGUUAUUUAUGCUUAAACACCAAGUCCAGCAUUGAUGACGCCUCUAAGAAUUCCCUUGAAGAUGAUCCAGAUGAUGCCACCAAGAACUUCAAUAGCGACGACGUCAAGAAGGGACGUCUAAGAAAUAAUAGACGCGUUGUUUUUUUAGAGUCUGAACCUGAUCUCGAUGAUGACUCUGAUAAAUUUACUGAUAACGCCCAUGUCACUAAGCGGAGCCCAAGUUAUUUACGCUCAAAUACUAAGCCUAACAUUGAUCAUACCUCCAAGAAGUCCAUUGAUGACGACGCUUGGGAUGCCUCUAAGAACUCCAGUGACGGCGACCUUGGUGAUGCCUCUGGCAAGUCUGAUGAUGCCACACCCAGCGCCACCUCCAUCAAGAGAGACCCAAGCCAUCGCAAUACAACCAUUUGGACAGACAAUGAUACAUCAAGUCCGAUAGGAGGGCCGAAGACGGUCAAACGAAAGGCAGACACGGUGGGCAUUGACCCUUACAAUAUAAUAUCUUCUUCGCCUCGAGCGUCCAACGAGUCGGAUGCGUCACAAUAUGACGAUGAGCGCCCGGGAAAACGCCAUCGACUCACGCGUGGACAUGGACGAAGUACCGUGAGCUACGAUAUGAAGCACCAUCCAAUGGAUGAUGUCCUCCGACCCAAAUAUUCAGCAGAGAGGCGAGCGAAAGCGAGACAAGUUCCCGAAGAGUCCAGUGACAGUGGCUCUGAGAUCGACGAAGCACCAAGCCGGAAUACUACCUCUUUGGAUCCUCAUCGCCGCCGGUCCUCUCGCAAUACUCAUCGAGGUGAGAAACCAAUGUACAGCGCAAAAUGGCAUCCCUUAGAUCAGAUGCUGAAAGGCAAUGCUUCCCCAAUGAGUGUCCCAAACCCCGAUGGCCGUAGCGGAAAGAGUCCCCAAAAGUCCAACGACUCCUCUUCUACGCUUAAGGACGGAGAAGACCCUAUGAUCGUAAGUUCUGAUCUUCAUCCCUAUCGACUUGCCGGCAGAGCUUCCGAAUUAGGGGGUGGGACCGCACCAAUCAGUUCAGAUCGACGUCGAUCCGCACGAGUAUUGUCUUCCAAAGAUACACCGCCGAACUACGACAUGAAAUAUCAUGUAAUGGAUUCUACCCUUCGUCCAAACGCUGCUGCAAAGCGAUUGAAGUCCAAAUUACAUUCAGCCACUCCAAGCGAUUCCCUCCGCGAGUCAGCAUCCUCUGCAAAGGCUCACACGGAACAGCCUGCAAAAGCUUCACCAAAGUCCUUCGCAAGGCGUUCGGUGAGCUCCGAGUCCGAGCUGGACGGCCCCAACGUCUCGCCUGCCUCGUCUGAACUGCAGAAUCCAUAUCUGAAUCGAACCUCACUAGAGUGGGCUGAAGUUCAAGAUAUGGAUCGAUGCGUUUAUCUGCUUCAGAGAGGUGCGCCUCUUUGUGGUAACACUUUACCCCAGGACUGGACCCAUGAUGUCGUCAAGAAAGUGCUUUCUGAUGAGGGCGUAAUCACUUUUGAUGAGCUCAGCAGCCAGGGAGCUACCGAACUAUUGAAAAGUCGCUAUGAGAGCGUUCGACUUGGUCUUCAAAAUUUCUUUGGCAGCGGGCCCGAGCCGGUCAACAAGAAAGAUUGGACGUUAUCAAAAGCCGAGGGGUUCGAUGUUUACGAUUUGAAGCGGGGCUUAAAAUACUGGAAACAUCUAAAGGACAGUGUUGUCGGUGGCACCAAGACCAGCAGCAGUUCCAACAGCCUGGGGUUUGCAGCCAAAAAGGCAAAAUCUAUGCCAGGAAAUGAUGACCAGGAAGCGACAGACAGUGUUUUGGAAGAACGAGAUAGAAACGAAGCAAUAAUGGCUACAAGGAUGCAACAUGUCAAGAAUGAAGGAACAAAUCCCAACAAGUCCUGUUUGAAACGGCCACCAAUUUCGGAAGUCGACACCGAGCGAACUAUGAUCGUCGACCUCGAGGAUGAUGGCGAGCUAGGUGUGAUUAUCGAGACUGAGGACACUCUGGUAAAGAGCAUGCGAGGUGGAAACAUCCCUUCGUCGAUCAUGAGCGAUGCAGCACUCGAGGAGCUGUUAUUUCCCAUCGAGCAGCACCUGAUGGAGGAAUGUAACCAGGAAAUCACGGCUGAUCCAGUCUCGAGCGAUUCGAGAAGUUCUGAACCUGCUGGACUAGUCCUCGACCAUCCGGACAAGACUCUCGGUGAACUCAACUCCGUUGCUUCCGAAGCUGAGGCAGCGGAUCUGAAUACCUCAUUUAAUCGUGGACUGACCGGACCUGUCCCACUCGGCAAGGACGAAAGGACGUCGAGUGUUAAUGUCGGCCCUCGCGAUGGAUCUGGUAAAUCACAGACUGCUAAGGCGGAGGUCAAGACGAAAAAGCGCAAAUCGAAGGUAGACGUUGCGAUCGCUGUACACGAAGAUCUCCCCGGCAGGACUCCGCUAGUCAAGAAGAUCGUCAGCAUGAAUCCUGCCUCUCCUGGCACAGACAUACCAAAGGAGAACCUCGAAGACGAUGGCUCGGUGGAACAUUCAAGCCAGGUCGAGAUACGAACGCCUCGGAUUCGCCGACACCACGAAGCUAUCGGCACGCCUAGCAUUAGAAGAGUCGGUCGUCUCGGAAGUGCAACAACCACGACACCAGCUUUUCGCUCUCUCUUUGGUGGACCCCAUGGCUCUUCAUCUCCAGGCAGCUCGCCGACGACGCGAUAA